AUGUCAUCACCAUCACACACAGUUUCUAUUGUUGAUUAUAAAACACCAUUUAAUAUUGAUUUUGGCUCAAUCACUGAAUACUUUUCAUCAGUAUUAGCUAGUGAUGGAAAUGUGGAUCGAGGAGCAUUAAGACAUGGAAGUCUUUUAUUUAAAAAUCAUUUUGUACACAAUAUUACUAUACCUCGGGAUUAUAUUAAAAGAAUUAUAUCAGCGAAAUGCAGAGCUGAAAUGAAGAAGUCCAUCACCUAUGAAUUGAAUAUGAUAAUAAAGAUUAAUCGUCCAGCUGGCAUAUUACAAGCUUCAUGUCAACGUGUGGCUGGAAAAGGUGAACGAGCAGCAUGUAAACAUCUUGCAGCUCUAUGCUUGGCUUUACUAGAUUACCAUGAAAAAAAACUUUAUGAAUCUUGUACGCAAAGAUUGCAAGAAUGGCACCAGCCAACUAGAAAGUCUUCAACUCCUAAGAAUUUAUUAGACAUAAAUUUUACUUCUAUGAAACAUGAUAAAACUGAAGAAGAAAAACCUAAAUGUUUACAGUUUCUUCGAACAGAUAUUUACAUUCCUGAAGCGACCACAGCUUUACGUGAACUACUCAUAAAAUACGGUCAGCAAACUAUCGCUGCUGCUUCUCUUAUUUUACCACAACAAGUUGCUAUCUCUCGUAUAUCUAUUCCACCACGUGUGAUCACUCAAAGUUCAUCACCAGCACAAGAUUUAACAUUCCUAGACAGACUAGAGAGAAUGAUAGAGAGAGAGAGAUGA